CAAAAAGUACACUUAAAGACUAUGACUUAUGUCUGAAAAUACGGUUUAUCUGCACAGCUGCACUACACUUCCACUCUACUCUCCUCUCCUCUCAGUCCCCACUGCUUUUUACUAUCUAGUACUACUGCUUAAAAAUCUCUCUCAGCUCACACUCCUACUUUCCCAAAACCAACUUUCUUAAAUCUCGUUCUUCUUCCCGAAGUACUUUCGAUCCAUUCGUUUCCGGCAACAAAAAGACAAAAAAGAAAGAAGAAAUUAGAAAUAUUUAACCCAAGAAGAAAAAAGUUAAAGGUCUCUUCUUUCCUUUUUAAGUGUCAUUGAAGGAAAAUGCCGGUGAACCUGGAAUCGACGCCGCCGCCGAGGAUCGGAAAGAUCGGGCCAUACACUGUCUUUAUCACUCCUCCAUCCACUCCUACUCCUCCUGGAGUGGGUUCCGUAUCCGGGUCACCCAGAAAAGUUGCAGCUCCUGUAUCUCCUCCUCCUCCUCCGGUUCAAUCUCCGGUCAAGCCUCCGGUUGCCGCUCCUCCUCCGGUUCAGGCUCCACCUUCCCAAUUUUAUAGUACCAAGUCCUCUGGCAAAUCUCAUUCCUCUUUUGGGUUUUUCUGGGAUGCUGUAGCUAAAGUUCAAAAUGCUCAUGCGAAUUUGGAUGAGCAAGUGGCAUAUUGGUUUGGAUUGAAUCAGUCCAAGUAUCAGUGGGCAUUAGAUGAUUACUAUGAAAACAAGGCCGCUGUGAGUGUUUCUUUUUAUUUCCCUACUUCCCCAACCUUCUAAUUUUGGAUAUUUUGCUAAAAUCUUCUACUUUAAUGAGCGUUCUUUAGUUAAUAAAUUUUGGUUUUGUUUAUUGUUUCGUUGGUGGGGAUCAAAUUCAAUAAUUGAUCUUAAAUUGUUAGUUAGUUUUGAGUGAACAAUUUGGAACAUAUGGCAAAGCUUGUACCUUAUUCAAUGGCUGUAUGGAUACAUUUUGCUGACUAACCCUGUAGGUGGUUUAGUGACUUCUGUCAUUAUCAGUAGUGGUUGAUGAAGUUCUGGAUUCAAAGGCAAGAAAGCGAGAAACUUUAACUGGAGUUUUUAUUAAAACAAUUGAUUGCAGAGUAUAUGGAAGUUGCUUCACGACCAUUUCAAAUUUGUUGGCAAUCUCAAUGAGAGUAUUUCUUUAUGAAAUUUUACUUCUGGUACUUUUAGAUAUUGAGAGAACUCUGGUAGGGGUUGGAACCGAGCUGGCUUAAAUCAACUUGGUGUAUUUGUGAGUUAUCACCUAACAAUGUCUAUAGAAGCUCAAAGGUUCUUUGGUCAUUUGUGAGCUCAUUGGAUAAUGUGCAAAUUACCUGUAAAGGUGAUCUUCAAAGUUCACUCUGUUAGACAUUGCUUCUUGCUCAAAAAGCUAAAACUUCAUCAUACGACCAAAGUUAAGAUUGGGUUAUCUGACGCAUAACUACCGUAAUUGUUUCUCUAUUGCGUGCAACUCUUGAAAACAGGAAGCUACUGCUAGCAUUACUGGUGCAGAAUGAUUGUUUCAGAGUUCAAUUGUGCAAAAAAUGAGUGGGAGGGUUGAGAAUGUUGUUGAUAGUUUAUCUUUAGCAAGCAGGGAAAUCAAAACUUAAUCAAUUGGUUCAUCAUGUAGAAAUUGUUUGUGCAAGACAAUUUUCCCGUAUGUUGACUUGACCUAUUGUAUUGGUAAAUUACUUUCUAAGGUUUAGUACGUAUCCUAGAGAUGAUAAAUUGGGAGUAGGAUGCUGUUUCACUGACUUUGACUGAGUUGAAUGUUAUUUUUGUACUCCAUUUUUCUUUGAAUGUCCCAAAGCCACUGAUAAUUUGGAGCCAAGGUCACAACGAAGCCUUGCUUUAUCACAAUUAUCAAAAGUCCUUCAAUUUGCUCUAAAAUAUGGUGUUCUUCUUUUUGCAAGAAUAGUUUCACAAGUAUAACUGCAAAAAUGCGGAAUUUUUGUUUGAUGUGAAAAACUAGGUAGCUUACUUUUAAGAGAUCAUUUUUGGUUGUUUCAUUUUGAAGUUAAGACUCUCAGCUUAGUUCAUUUGAAUCACAUUUUCCUGUCUGGCAAAUUCUUGGAUAUCUACACACAGGAUCCAUCAGCUGCAAAAGCAAAUGCUUUAUCUGGCAAGCUUCAAGAUGUGUAAACAAGUUUGGUACGCAAAUAUUUUCCAUUUCUGCUUUCUACCCAUAUCUGUUUCACACUGCAAUUCUGCUCAAUUUCGGACAUGUCUAUCUUGCAGAAUUUCCUAUGGGACUGGGUGAAAUAAUGGAUGAUACAAGCAUUUGCUCAAUGUACUAAAAGGAUCUUUCUUCCAAGGCAAUAAGAAGCAAAGAUCAUCUGGCCAUGCUGCACUAGAGAAUUUUUUUUGUCCUUAGAUCAAGCAUUACCUAAUUAUCAAAUCUGUAACUCUAUAUAUGUCAUUGUAUUUUGUCUUUGGUCCGUUUUGUUAAUAGUUUCAGCUACCCGUCAAGGAUGAGAAGUACUCCCUUAGCAAUAGCGCCUAAUUCAGUUUAACGGUUUUGUUUUUUGUUUGUAUCUGUACUGGUACUUCCAGGCCGACUUGUUUCUUCUUGAAAAGUGGGAAGUUAUAAAUGCAUGUUGCCUGGCUCAACCUAUCUAUGAUGACUCUAAAUAUAGCUGUGGACAUUAUAAUCGUUUUAAAGCUUUCGACUUCGAUUCUGCAGAUGAACACAUAACUGUUGAGAGAUAUUUUCUCCCCGAAAGGGGUCUAUUUGGAUAGAGUGGCUGAGUGGG